AUGAAUCUGCCAGGGUCAUUCUGGGUGCCUCAAGAUGGAGGCAAACCUUCUCCCCCUAGUCAAGACCACGAGCUCUUUACAAACAACUCCUGGCUGUCUCACACAACCAGGGGCCACACUGGCAUCAGAGGGAAUGAGCUUGCCGACAGACUAGCCGUCACUGGCAGAGUGACGGCUAGUGAUCAUGCAACCAAGCCGAAAAAUCCUAAAGGAGAAAUGGACUGCGGCCGCUCCCCCUCGACCAGCUGGCGCCGUGCUAGUAAAGAGAUUAUGCGGUUUCUCAGUGGGCAUAGUCACAAGUGUCCCUGCGGAGUGAGCAAAGACGUCCGCAUUGUCGGAGGGACGGAGGUGUCCCCAGCCUUCAGGUAUCCCUGGCUCGUCGCCCUCUUCGACUCUCCGUACCUGGAGGAGCCCUUCUGCGGCGGGAGCAUCAUUAACCUCCGCUACGUCGUCACGGCCGCGCACUGUUUGUUCUCGUGGAGGAACAAGCCCAAGCCCGCGACGCUGUUUCGGGCGAGAGUCGCCGAGCACGGUGUGGAUUCUGAGGAGGACGACCUCGAAGGAGUCACGCGGAUGCUGGCGCUGGAGAGCUACAUCGUCCACGAAGGCUUUACGGAAGGCUACUUCAACAAGGACAUCGCCCUCUUGCGUCUGGAGGAGGCCCUGGACCUGACGUCGCACCCGGAGGUCCGACCCGUGUGCCUGCCGUCGGACCCGACGAAGGUCUACGAAGGACAAACCGGAAGAGUUCUCGGCUGGGGGGACACGUCCAACGGGAAGGACAAAUACCCCGGCAUCGUUCGGGAAGUCGACAUCCCCAUCCUCGAGUGUGGACGCAAGAAGAUAGCCGGUGUUUUGAUCACACCCCCCGUGCUGUGCGCAGGUUUGGAAGGCGGCGGCAAGGACUCUUGCUACGGCGACUCGGGGGCCCUCUCAUGGUGAACGGAGACGGGAGGUCCACCCUGGUGGGGAUCGUCUCUUUCGGCGACGAGUGCGGCCAACGCGAUGUUCCAGGCGUCUACACGGAUUACGGGGCUUC